CCCUCGAAUGAUCCAUCCAACCGUCUACCAGUCUGACCAACGUCCCAUGCUACCUAUUAUGGUAUAACUAAGUCUCGCACUGGCAUUCGCUAUAUAUCGUCGAGUUCGUCGACCGGCUCGGGUACAUAUCACAUCUAUCCAUCGGCACUACACAAAGUCAACUCCUCUUUUUGGGGCGCAUAUAUACUUCGGCAGAGCCAGCGCGCGCCUUCGCUUUCGGGAAGACCGUUUUCUCUCUAGCUAGCUGCUCAACGACUUCUCACCUGUCCGGCUAUCAUACAUCCUAUCUUCCCUGCUAUGGCUUCAGUGACGGAAGCUCGCCGAAGCCCCUUCUCGCUCGAUCCUCACAACCAGGGGCUUCACAAAUCCAUACCGAUCCUCCCCUCCUCCUCCGGCUCUACGUUGACUCCGCCACGAGAUCCAAUGGAUAUUACGCCGUCUACGGCUCCCUCAAUGGGACCUCCAGUCCUGACCAGCUCGAAUAGCGACAGAGGCGGCGGUACCAACCAGGGCUCGAAUGGGGAUUCGGACACACCAAUAACAAAUGGGACGUCAACACCAGCAAUCGGAGCGGCGGCGGCAGCACAGCAGCCAAAGGUCGUCCAGACUGCUUUCAUUCACAAACUAUACAAUAUGCUCGAAGACCAAAGUAUUCAACACCUCAUUUCCUGGUCGAGCUCAAACGAGAGCUUUGUCAUGUCCCCUUCGAGCGAGUUCUCCAAAGUCUUGUCAUCGUACUUUAAGCACACCAAUAUUUCCUCUUUCGUCCGACAGUUGAACAUGUACGGCUUCCACAAAGUCAGUGAUGUGUUCCACACCGGCUCUCCCGACUCCCCCCUCUGGGAGUUCAAGCAUGGCAACGGCAAUUUCAAAAGAGGGGACCUGGUGGGCCUACGGGAAAUCAAGCGCCGAGCGUCGCGGCACGCGCUCAUUCACAGAGACUCAUUUUCCGCACCCAAAAUCCCUACCGGCCCGCCAGCCGGAGCGCCCGUCGAGUCAAUGCCUGACCCCGUCGAGUCUCGACUGCACGUCCUGGAAAACAGCCUCUACGACAUGCACGCGAGGGUGCAGCGCUCAGAAGACAGUUACGCCUAUCUCAAUCAAAGGAACUCGCUUCUCAUGGAGGGCAUGAUGCGAUGUCACCAGUGGAAUCACGAGCUCACAAAUUACCUUUUGACCAUGGUGCCAGACCCGGAAAAUCAGAUCCACAAGGAUGUCGUUUUGAUGCAGCGAGAUAUUGCCCGGCAGACGGACAUGCUACGUGCGCUCGAGGAACCGCAAGAACCUCCGCUCUCUGCACGUCAAUCGUACUUCAUGCACAUUGACAACAGCAACGCGCCCCCGCUCUCUCCACGGCAGAUUCCACAGGAUCAUAUGGCCGACCAACGGCGCGGCUCGCUGGCAGGAAACGCUCGCCAAGCUCCGUUCAAGCCCCCAGUCCCUGCCCAUAUAGCCAUUUCUCCACGUCGAUAUGGCUCAAUAGGGACGGGUAAUUACUCUCCUUCUUCAGCCAGAACUCCAGGAAGUCACCAGCCACCCCCACCGCCUCCACCAUCCAUCCAGCAUCCGCCCCAGAAUUUGGGAAACAGCGCAAAUAGUUCUUCCCCACCAUACAACCUCUACAGGCGGCACACGUCGGCAGAUAUCCGCACCCAUGGCUGGCCACCGCAGCAGCCUCCACCGUCUCAUUCCCCAUAUGCAUCUGGUCACAACUCUUCCCAGUGGCCUUCCUCUCCUCACCGGACACCUAUCGGAGGUGGAGAUCAGCAGCUCCGUGAUGCUUUGGAAUCUUACCAGCUGCCCCGUCCUCCACGCCAGCAGUCGUCUCGCCAGGGUACGCCCCCUUCUUCAGCGAACGACACGGCUCCUUCUACACUGAGCGCCGAAAGCGGCUGGUCACUUCCGGGGGCACGUUUUCCCUUCAAAGGCAUCGACACUCCUGGCCCACCAACGCGCCGCUCGAGCAUGGCAUCCAACGUGCACUCUCUUCUCAAUCCCGCCGAGACGGCCGAGCGAGCGGAUGAAGACGAGCCGGAGGAUGUGCGCAAGAGGAAGAGGAUGCAAUGAACGGUACAUUCCUUCCCAAUUUAGGGUCGCAUCUUGCUCAUCAUGUACUUGUACGCUUAUAGUCGAGGAAGCGUUCCUCUUGCUACCUGCAUUCUUUCAGAACAACCCGGACAUCCCGACACCGGUAUUCAGCAUCGCUUUCUUUCCACUUAAAACAUUGCGCCUGGGUUUCGCGUCAUGCGCCUACCAAAAAUUUCGCCAGUCACACUUCGUUCCGGUU